CCCAACAACAACAAAACGGGUGCGCGGGCGGCGGCGCCUCGGCUCCAGUCCCCGCCCUCCUGCCACCUGCCACCUGCCGCCGCCCGGCCGCUCCUGGCCCUCGCCGGCCACCCCGCCGGCUCCCCGCCCCCGCCCUGCCCCGCGGGGCCGCGGACCCCGGCCGCGCCCUUCGGCCAACUCCUCCCGCCGCGCCCGCGCCGCCUCGCGAGACCCGCUGGCCGCGGCCGCGCAGAGCAGCAGGAAGGGAGCGGUCGCGGCGGAGGACGCCCGGCCCGACUGUGCGGCCGGCUGCCCUGCCUGGGCGCGGAGGGCGGCGGUGGCGGGCCCCGCGACCGUCUCAGUCCGGAGUCCGGCGGAGCCUAGCGGAGCCCGGACCUGGCGGGGAACGCCGCACCCGCGGCCGGGCCCCUCGACCCCGCCGCCGCCACCGCCCGCCAUCCUUGGUCCCGGCAAUGGCCUUUGCAUCGCCCGGUGCACUUGUGACUGACUUGGACCCGGAAUAUUAAGACCCACUAGCUUCGUCCCCAUCCCGGCCGCACCGGCUCCUUCGGGCUCUUACCUGCUGCCCCUCUGCACUCUGCCGCCUUGGGGGCACCAUGGACCAGAGCGGGAUGGAGGUUCCUGUGACCCUCGUCAUUAAGGCACCGAAUCAGAAAUACAGUGACCAGACCAUUAGCUGCUUCUUGAACUGGACCGUGGGGAAACUAAAAACGCACCUCUCUAACGUGUACCCUAGCAAACCAUUGACGAAGGAUCAGAGAUUGGUGUAUUCGGGCAGACUGCUUCCCGAUCAUCUGCAGCUGAAAGACAUUCUCAGAAAACAAGAUGAGUAUCAUAUGGUCCAUCUAGUGUGUACUUCCCGGACUCCUCCCAGUUCUCCAAAGCCCAGCAGCAGUAGAGAAGGUCGCGAAGCGUUGGCAUCCAGCAGCAGUUCUAGUUCAGAUCAGUCAGGAUCAAGAACUCCAUCAUCCAGUCAAGAGACCUUGCCGUUAGCUGUCAGUUCUUCCUCAGAAGGACUGAGGCAGCGUUCCCUUCCCCAAGCACAGACCGACCCCGCACAGAGUCAUCAGUUCCCAUACGUAAUGCAAGGAAAUGUAGACAACCAGCUUCCUGGACAAGCUGUUCCAGCCGGAUUCCCAGUGUACCCCGCAUUCAGCCCAUUGCAGGUGCUGUGGUGGCAGCAGAUGUAUGCUCAUCAGUAUUAUAUGCAAUAUCAAGCUGCAGUUUCAGCUCAGGCCACAUCAGAUGCCACCCCUGCCCAGCCUGCGCCUUCACAGCCUCUAAAUUUGGCACGUCUUCCUGGAGAAGAACCUCCACCAGCUCCCAACUUAGUGGCCCGAGAAAAUCGACCCAUGAAUGAGAAUGUUCAGAUGAAUGCCCAGGGAGGCCCGGUGCUAAACGAAGAAGACUUCAAUCGAGACUGGCUAGACUGGAUGUAUACGUUCUCACGAGCCGCCAUCCUCCUCAGCAUCGUGUACUUCUAUUCCUCUUUCAGUCGCUUUGUCAUGGUCAUGGGAGCCAUGCUACUGGUUUAUUUACACCAAGCUGGAUGGUUUCCUUUUAGGCAAGAAGGAGGUCAGCAGCAGGCUCCCAACAAUAAUGCUGAAGUUAAUCAUGGGCAGAAUGCAGACAACCUAGAACUUGAAGAAAUGGAGCGUCUCAUGGAUGAUGGGCUUGAAGAUGAGCAUGGAGAAGAGGCGGGUGAAGACGGCAGUGCACUCCACAGGCCUGGACUCAUGGCGUCCGCUUGGGCUUUCAUCACCAGCUUCUUCACUUCACUCAUACCAGAGGGGCCUCCCCAGGUCGCCAAUUAGAUCUGAAAACUCUGCCAGCUGCAAAGGAAGGUCUGGCUUUAGGAACGUGACUUAAAUAACAGUGCAAUUUCAAAAAAAUUUAUUACUUCCUUUUCAUCAUCAUGUACAGAGGUGUUUUUUUCUUUAAGCUUCUCAUGCAUAUGAAUAGUUUAAGCACAAAUGAACUACUAAAUGUGUGAUUAAAAAAAGAAAUCCUAACAGAACAUAGUGCAACAACAUUGAUCUUCCAGGUUUUAUUAAUUUUAAUUAUGUAUAUUAAAUCAGACAGGCCUCUAUGUGCAUCUUAUUUCUUUAAAGAGCUGCUUCACAUACAAGUGUUAAAAUAGCCCAGCCCCAGUGUAUAAUUUGAAUAAAUAUCUAUUUUCUGUGAGUUACCCUAAAAGUUUUAAACAGAAUGACCUCAUAGUUUCUAAAAAGAUUAUUAUUUACCUAAAAUGUGCUAGUAGCAUCUUGCCCAGCCAUAAAGCAAUAAACUUCUCAAUGAUCUUAAUUUUGACAUUUGAAUAAAUAAUGGAAACUUUUCUAUUUUAAGGGUAAGUGUCCCAUCAAUUGGAAUUAGUACCUUAAAAAAAAAAAGGCAGCUCUUCAAUGGAGUUAAUAGUGAUAAAAAAUGUUUGAUAUAAGCAGUACUUUUAUAAAAUAAGAUAUGCUGGAAAUCAUUCCCUGUAAUUUUUUAAAAUAAAAGGUCAACUAUG